AUGCAUACGUGCAAACUAGAAGACCAUUUAUCAAAUAUCUGCUCAAAAAUAGUUUUACCUUGUAUCAAUUCCAUUUAUGGAUGUAAUCGAAGACUUCGAAGAUAUAACUUAGGACUACAUUUGAAGAAAUGUCCUGCUAGCUUAGUUGUUUGCUCAAGGGAAUGGAACCGACAAGUUCUUUCUACCGAAUCUAAGUCCGAAAUGAAAAAGCUCAGCAAAAGUUAUGUAGCGUUACAAGAGCUCAAAGGCGAAAUGGAAAAAUUAGACUUGCAAUUUGCUCGAUCAGACCAAAAUUUAGUAAUGGAUAGUUAUAAAUAUUCACGUGUUCAUAGGAACUCUCAGCGAACAGAAAUUCAUCCCGCUCAUCCUCUCCUUCCAUUACGUAAAGUCUUCAAGAAAAGUGCUUCCCCUGUUUUCGUCAUUCCUGAUGAUGAUGCUGUAGAUGAUAGUAGUGACGAAGAAAACAGAGCUAAGCAUCUACAUACCUUAGGCAAUCCGGACUCAAACUUUAAGAAGUUCAAAAUGGUCAAACGAUACCCAAAGAAAGUGAACGAAGUGUUGAAACAGUGCAAUCUGAUGAUUGAUUCGGAGGUUGAAUGUAUUCCAGAAAUCCCAAAGGGUGAAAACAUCCGAAAAAUUGCCAACGGCGGAACAAUCUACACCCGACGAUGCUUACGGGUAUUCCGAAGAGAUGAGUACGCUGAUCAUCAACGAUCCCAACAUGAAAACACUUUAAAUAGUUUAUCGGAGCUAGUUGUACGAUGUCCGAAUUGGUCUAGAGGAUGCACUUUCACUUGUUCUCGUUUAAAGCCUAAAAAGGGGAAAAUAAGGUUCUCUAAUUAUUUGGAUGCGUUUGUGAGCACUUCGGAUACAGUACUCCAUCCAACAACUCCUGCCUUGCAUCACCUGAUGAAUGCAUUGCCUACAAUUGUACAAUAUCUUCCGUCCAGUUCUAUUCGUAGUUUAUCUCAGACAUGCCGUUCAUUUCGGGCAAAUAUUUUGGAGAAUUGUGAGAAUCGAGGAAUGAUCGAAGUGAUAUGGAAGAAGCUUGAUGGUGUGGGCUGGGUAGAAGCAGGAACAAAAUGCUCAUUCUCAAUAGCUGAUCAUGCAAUUGAAAUGGAAUGGAAGCCGGCAAAUGAAUUAUGUGAACAUUUAUCGGAAUGCCCGUAUCGAGAUACUUACACCUUCCGUAAAGAACGUGUAAAUGUGCUGAUUCGGGAACAUUUUGAGACAACUGAAAAUGUUCUACAAAAAUAUUUUCGUGAAAGUUACGAAUUAAUUGCGGAUGAUCUGAAUGCUCUGAGGCCGCCAGAUUUAUCAUCAGAAGAGUAUUAA